GGCAGCUAUGAGGGUCAGGUGCUGAGGCACAUCACCGAACACCUGAAGAACCCCGUUGCAGCCUCGGAUGUGAACUUUCAGUUGACCAUCGUGAAUACACUGCUGGAUAGGCUUGCCAAGUGGCCGCUCCUCUGCAGUGAAAUCUCAAGGAUGCAGGAAAUGUCGGACAAGCUGCCACCCUUGAAAAGCUAUGUGGAGUACACCUCGAAAAUCGUCAACUUGAUCAAUCCGGAAUCUCGAAAGUUGAGCAGCUUGCCACAAGCUCAACUCCUGCGGAUCCAGUACCAUAUCCCGCAUGCACCGUCAAAGGAAGCGAUCCAGACCUACGAUACCGUCAAAGAGAACUGGGUCCCAGGAACCUUGUACGAAUAUGUCCACCCCCGCG